GUUGUAAUUUGUGAAGAUUAGGUCUCAAUAGUUCAAUAAGAUUUGGAUGGUUUCAAAUGAUUUUAAAACUCCUACUAGCUAAAGAUGAAAGGAAUUAAAAUUCCAGGGCGUGCGCUAAGCUGUGUUUGGCUGGUGUGCUGUGCUGAGCUGUGAUUGGCUGGUGUGCUGUGCUGAGCUGUGAUUGGCUGGUGUGCUGUGCUGAGCUGUGAUUGGCUGGUGUGCUGUGCUGAGCUGUGAUUGGCUGGCGGGUGUGUUGAACCGCCGUACAGGUGAGAGGGGAUGUAGGAAGUGUAAAGUGAGUGGAAAUGAAGCAGCUCAGUGUCUCGGCUCUCCUGCUCCUGCUGUGUGGAACAUUUCCUUCCAGUGCAGGACUGGAGGAGUCUGAACACAAAACUUCAGACUGGACAAAAGCUUUAGAAAACAUCAAGGAUGGAAUCCAGAAGAUACACACUUACUACAUAUAUUUCAAAUACAUCAAAAACGCUCUGGAUUUCAUUAGAGGAUCUGAUGGACUGUGUGAAUUUAAAUGCACUGAUGGAGGAGAAAAGCCCUUUCCCCGACCUGGGUACAGUCCACCGCCCAAUGGAUGCGGCUCUCCGUUGGUUGGAUUUCAUUUUGAUCUCAGAAUCCCAUUGAUAACCAGUUGCUGUGACCAACACGACCGCUGCUAUGACACGUGUGGAGAGAAAAAGCGUGACUGCGAUGAGAAGUUCCAGGUUUGCCUGAAGACCAUUUGCAGGAACAUUCUGAAGAUGCCAGGGCUAGAGCAGAGUGUACAGGCGUGUGAAUUAGGGGUGAGUCUGGUCUUCGAUGCCAUCGAGCACCUGGGCUGUAAACCCUACCUGGAGAGCCAGAAAGCUGCGUGUAUCUGCCACUAUGAGAAGAAAGCUGACCUCUGAUGAAACUCCUGAUGGCAUCGAGGAACGUCUGAAGCGUCGAACCGCCGUUCUGGAAGUCCCUGAUUUCACAUCCAUUGGUCACCCGUAAUCCACAGCGAACUUACGUUACAG